AUGCAGAGACGAGAGUACAACCAUGGCUGUCAAUGUCACAGAAUGGGAGAGAGAGAGAGAGAGAGGAGAGAGGAGAGAGAAAGCCGGAGAGAGUUCCUCUAGUGGUAAUGUUCCCAGUCUUUGCUUCCACUGGUUUCCCCGAGAGCCAACACAAAGUGUAACAAUGCGCUGUCUCGAGUAGCAAUUUUCUGGUGUAGCCACUGGUUUAUACUUAAAGUGUAGCAUUGUAACAAUCUGUUGCUAGUGUAAAAACCACGGAGAUUACCUAAUAAAACUAUUCUCCCCAAGAGGAUCUUGUUACCAGCACAAACUGUUUUGGGUCUAGCUAAGAGACUACAGCUUCGAGCAUUGGCAGUGAUUCUCACACCGGGUGUGUUGUCGGAACUGACCAGGUUAGGAGAGGCGGGUACAUGUACCUGCCGGCGGCCACAGUUGCCGCCGUAAUGGCCAUGGAGAACACCGUCGAUGAUAAGGUGCUGGCCAUCAGGCCAGAGGUCACCUCCACCACGGCCUCGUCCAUCUACAUCCGGUGGGCUCUGGAGGGCAUGGGCAGUGGUCUGCCUAAAGGCUUCGUGGUCCAGUACAAUAGAAUAGCCAGCAAUUACUUCCAGUAUAGUGAGAUGCUAGAGCCUUCUACGGAAACGUAUGGCAUUAAAAACUUGGUGGCAGACACCUACUACAAGGUGUGUGUCAAAAUGUUUGUCAAUGAGAGCCUGACUCUAGAGGAGUGUCUGGAGGCGUCGACCACGAGCUGGCACAUCCCAGUCUCCAUUGGGUCAAGCAUAGGGGCCGUGCUGGCCCUGUCUAUCAUCGUUCUCAUUGUCCUACUCUCUCGAUGCCCGAAUCUUGUUCAUCAGCCCCGUACGGCUGCCGCAGAGUCCAGCAAGUACGACAGUAUGUCUUCCCACUUCCCGGAUGACCGGUACGAAAUGAGUGACACUACCACCCACUGUCAGGACCACGAGAGAGACGAGGACGUCUUCUCCCAGAACAGCGAGGGGGACAGCCUGACCGACACCAAGGCACUCUCUAGGCACCAUCACUCCCCUCAGAGUCUAGCGGAGAGAGUCUGUAACGGGAGCAAACUCGUCAACGGACUAGGUAAACCAAGCAGAUCGAACAUUCCCCUGGGCCGGUGCGGCCGCACGCUGUCUCUGACGGAGAAACGCCACGCAACGGGCCACCCGUACCGCACUCGGCAAGCCCGGCUGGCUCACAUGCAUACCCACUUCCACUCUAUUCAGUCAGAGCCCGGCAGUCUUCCUGUACGAGCAGCUCCUCGAAUUAGCAUUACGGACUUACCGGCCACGGCGCACGGCUCGGACCUUGCUUCAUCCCGUAAUCGCCAUCAUCACUCGAGCAUGCCUUCCACUCAUGUUGCCAAUGGGAAGACCUCGCUCGUGCACGGAAGCCACAGCAAGGUGAACGUCAACCAGAGAGAUACUCCGAGACUCAUAUCCAAGACGGACUCGGCAACUUCCGCAUCAGACCCGACAGUGGCCGAGGCCACGGCAAGCAGGAUAAGGCCGCCAGUGUUGAAAUACAUAUCUAAAACGUUACACAUGAGCAUCGAGGGUGACACUUUAGUCUGAUUUUUCACCAAGUGGAAUGGGCUGUAUCCCUAAGCUGAAAGUGACCGCUGGUCAAGCCAGGCACACACAUAAACACGAAAGCAGCUAGAUAUGUUGGAAAUAUGAUGACAUAAUCACAACUAUUUUGGUGCACCCACCCUUAAUUGUGUUCCCCAAAGUCAGCAACCUAGCGCAGUAUAAAAUUCCAUUUUCUAAAACUUUGCGCAAACGAAGAGCAAUUUCCGAGUUCGCAUAUAUUUUAGAUUGGACAGAGAAACCAGAAUGUAAUGUGAAUACACUAGUUUCUAUAGAGAGAUCCCGGAGGUGUGUGUGCGUGUUCGCCAACAUCCAAUCUGAAAUAAAGUUUAUUGAAUGACGUUCGCCAUGAACACAAAUGUAAAUACUACAAACAUUUGAAAGGAUUAAAGCAAGUUACUUAAAUGUCUUCCUGAAAUACUUGAGUCAUAACAAAACCAAGUGGAAUGUCGUUUGAACAUUUAUAAAGGGAAAAGUUUUUCUUAUAUAAAAACGGAAUAUUAUUACGUUCAGUAUGUGCAACAUCAAGAGAUCAAUGUGUAGACAUUUGAAAAUUAUGCAACAUGAGAGCUAUUAGGAAUAACAUGAACAUUUAGCAAGACAAAAGAACAUUUAACAAAGGAAAACUUAACAAUAGUGUGAAAUAUAAAGAGGGUCAACUUUGAGCAAGCUAAUAGCUAUUAUAUAUAUAUAUAAACUUCAUGUGAUUGUGCCAUUCAAAACAUAAACUUAUAAACGGGGUAUAUUUCUGUCUCUAACUUUGAGUGCUGCCAACUAUUUCUCGUAGACUUGUGUAAAGUGUUCUUCUGUGGAUGUACAGCGAGGGUUGGGUUUUAUAGAAGGCAAAUGUCCACUGUCUGAAUUCCAGUCGUUACAUCAUGGCGCUUAGCUUUGACAUUCAAAUCUUCAAAAACAUCAUGACAUGUCUACAGAGGGCGCUGUUAUACUGUUAAAUGCUUCAAUACUGAAAUGUGUUGUUCUAACUAGGGAGAGUAACAGAGACUCUGGUUGCAAUAAUCUGUUAUUUAUCUGUGAUGAUUGACUAAUGAUGUACCUAUUAACUUGUCCUACACGUGAACACAUUCACGCACACAUCUCACACAUACACGCACACAUCUCACACAUACACGCACACGAUGCUGCACAAGGAACACAUACACGCACACAUCUCACACAUACACGCACACAUCUCACACAUACACUCACACAUCUCACACAUACACGCACACGAUGCUGCACAAGGAACACAUACACGCACACAUCUCACACAUACACGCACACAUCUCACACAUUUACGCACACCAUGCUGUACAAGGAACAGUCCAACAAAAGAUUAAAAUUGGCAUUAUCGAUCUCAAUUUUCCCAACCAACAAAAGUUGGCCAAAUGUCUCUGUGUGUUUACUUAAGAACACAUAGUAUGGACAUAGAUUGAACGAAAAUAUUUGAUAAACAUACUUGUACAUAGAUUUACAUUUAUAAAUAGAUACAUUUGAGAGCAGUUUAUUAAGAAGACAAUGCAUUAGAAGCAAGACUCUUGUUAGACCCCGCGGCUAUCAUAAGAUGGGGAAAAGUCAAAAGCUGUUGGGUUUUUUUUUUAGAUUUUCCUCCAAUUUUAUUAACGCGUAUGCAACUUUAUCCAAGCGAAAAGAGAUAAAAUAUUUAAUAGUACAUGUAUAAAGUAAGACAGCGUAACUUUGAACGCAGACACAAAGGUACAAACAUUAGCCAUAGGAAAGUUGCAAACGGGAGAAACAGUUCAAAUCUAGUACAAUUAUUGACCAUGAAAAGGUCAAAGUAAAAUAACUUAUAAGUAUACAAGCUAGAUCUAUCUAGAAACUGAUAUCAAAUUUCUGUGUUGAGUGAAUAUUGAUACUAUACUGAAACUUGCUACCAGUAGGUAAUAAUAAUAAUAAUAAUAAUAACACCUGUUUGGGUUCGUUAUUAUAUAUUCAGAGAAUAUAUAUAUAUAUUGCUACCGGCGAGUAGUAACAGAACUCGAUCUGUAUAUAAUGUAAGUAUGGGAAUAAUAUGUGCAAUCCAUUUACAAUAUAAUUGUUAGUAUACAACAACUAUUGUGUUCAUUGUGAUGUCUUUGUGAUAAUGUCGUUUGGGUUGACUAUUAAAGCCAUGUACGUAUAGAA